UAUAGCUCAAGUUUAUAUAUUUUACAUACACACAACUCUCAUUCUCUUUUCCCAUCCUUUAUUAUACUUAUCCCCGUCGUAUACAAGCAUCCAUUCCUACCUAAUACCUAUUCCGCUACUCUCAUGCUUGGCUCCCGCAGCACAUAACCCACCUAAAUAGCUCCGCCCUAAAUAGUAUCACAAAUUAUGAACUAACAAUGCAUCCCACAAUGAACAACACUCACUUUAAACAUAACCUAUUCACUGCAUACAAAUCUGCCGUUAAACACCGCGGAUAUAAAAAAUAAUAAAUAAAUAAAUGACAAUGUCCUCUUCCCGCCACCACCCCACGCGCCAUCCGCAUCAAUCUCGCAUCCCCUCCGCAUCUGCAUCCAGCACAACCGCCCCCGCCGCCGCAGCAACCACAACAUCCCGCCGCUCAGUCUCUACCUCCUCCGCCGCUACAGCCACAACUACAGCAAGAGUUCCCGCCGCCCCUACACGCUCCAACACUCACACCGCCAUUACUGCUACCAGCAGCGGCAGCAGAACCAACGCCGCGCCCACAACAAUGCCAUCCGUCCGGCGCAACCUCUUCCACCAUCACCACCUAAGCCGUCGCCCCGCCUCAUCUGCUUCCACCGCAACACAUAGCUCCGCAUCGACUGUACAUCCCUCCAGUGCCAAUGCCAAUGUCGGUACAAAUACCAGUACCAACCCCCCCACAGCACCCGGCGCAGGUGCUCCGAACGCCCUCAACCCGGUCCCGACGAUUUCCCUCUCGGUCCCACACGGACAUGGGCAUGGACAUGGGUACGGAUAUGGGAAUACGCAUGCACAACAAAUACCCCAUUCCUCCUCGUCCUCCUCGUUAGAUAACGGCGAGAUCGUAGCCCGCGAUAAGAACGGCGGGUACAAGGUUGAUGUGCCAGUGUUGCCGGUAGGGAUGUGGGAGGAUGAAUGCGAGGAAGGGGGAGGUGGGAUGGAUGUGGAGAUUGGGGGUGGGGGAGGAGGCGGUAAUGGGAUUGGUGUGGGAGGUGUGGGAGGUGUGGGCGGGACGGGGGAUAUUGGGGGUAGGGAGAAGGAGAAAAUUGAGGCGAGUAUUGUGGAGAUGAUGUGUCGGAAUCGCAGUAGACAGCUGCACAGUGAGCCUCCAGAAAUCUUCCUCCUUAUACAGCAGAGCCUACGGAAUAAGGCCGCCUCGCUGGACGAGGACGCUUGGAUGUACGAGGUCGAAGAUGAAAUUCGUGUCUAGGUCAUUCAUUACAUAAAUUUGUGAACUAUACGCGAGCCAUGGGCUAUUCCCUGUGGUAGCUUUAUACCAUGAAUUUCCCGACGAGCAAACGUGCUACAACCCCCUCUUAAUCAAGAUCCAUCGACGGCGGCGCCUCCACUCUCCCUGCGGUCUUCUGCUGUCGAGCAGGUUUUGCGCCGGCUCUACCACCAGCGCCUCCACCUCCAAACAUCAUCCCCAUCAUAUCCAUAAGCGGAUUAGACUGCUUCGGAAUCUUAAUUCCAAAGUAUAACUCGCCAAUAUAUGCCAACGCCCUCUCCCAUCCGUCCACUUCCCGUAUAUGCAUCCCAUACUGCCUGGUCAACUGCCUGAAUAAAUCCGCCGUGCCGCGCUGGAUCGCUAGCAGUAGUAGACUUGUGAAAUUCAAAAGGGGCAGGGAAGGGUAGACGCGCACGUCUGCGCUCUGGCUGCUGACUUGUUGGAUGUUUAGGGCUUGGCUGGUUCCUGAGGACGAGAGGCGGCUGGUGAAGAUUAGGAAGGCUUUGUUGGCGUCGCGUAGGUUACCCGUGAGGAGGUAGGGGAAGACAGCGCGGGAGGCGUAGAUGCCUGCGGUGUGGGGCUCGUCGUGUGUGUACCAGUCAUACUCGAGGCGGGCGAGGACCUCAGCGGAGUCUGCAGUGCCAAUGGCUAGGUGUCGCUCAGCGUCGUAGGGCUCGUUUUCUGGAGGGGAUAGCAAUGGGUCAGCAAAUUCGAAUAAGCCAUAUAAAGAAAGCCACUUUCAUAGCUUGGAAAGAAUAACGAAUGGUUAUUUCCCAGGCAUAUCCUAUGUCUACCAAAGGGAGGGGAGGUCGGUCCAGUUAAAUAUAGAACUCACCCUGCGCAAACAACGACCCAAUUUCAUGAUGUAUCUCUGGAUCCCCUCUCUCCAACUCUCCAAACCGCGCGCUCCACGCAACCAGCUCAUUCAUAUAUCUCUUUCUCGUAGGCUCCUCCGGCGGGAAGUCGCGCAGCAGCUCAAUCAGCCGCUCUAUCAUUUGAAGUUUAAACCCGUCAGUAAAUUAAAAACCACAUAUCCACACGUGCGUACACCCUUCUACAGCCCUGCUCAAUAAACUCAAGGAUCAAAAAGUAAAGCGAAAGGGCACAUACUCUUCCUCCCCCUCCCCACUUCAUCCCGGCCCACUUCCCACUCCGCCUUAUUAUACACAUCGAUAAUCAACAUAAUCGCCAAAUCACCGCCUGACGCAGAUGCGCCAGGGGCCCUCAGGAGAGCCUUUGCACCUCCUGCUAGGAUAUCGGCGGCGGCAUCGUAGUUCUGCUGCUUGAGGUAGCGGGCAGCAAUGACGCGGAGUUGUUGGUGGGAUUCGUAGUAGGCGCCUGCGGCGAUUCUGGAGGUAGUUUAGGAUGUGGUUAGAUUUGGUUUUGUUUUUCUUUAUUUCCUUUUAUUUUGUAAGGGGCCUAGUAGUUAUUUACUUCUCUUGCUGUCGGGCUAUGGUCUUUUCGAUUCGGGACGUCAUGGUCGUUUCGGUGAGGGUGGGAUAGCGUGUGUGGAUGGAGGGGUUUCGAGGGAUGUCGAUAUGUGUGGUGUAUGAAUUUAGACAGGUCUGAGAGUGUGGAACGAAAACAGCACUACAGUAGAGCAUCCAUCAUCAGAGAGAAGAGGGCUGGUUCAGGUGUUGGUUGAGCAUAUUUUAAAUAUAUAUGUAUAUUGAAUAGCUAGC